CUUUUUCCCUUCUCUCUCUCUCUUUCUCUUUCUCUGCUCUCGUCUACAGUGCCCAUCCGCUAACACCUGCUUUUUCGCUGUCCUAUGAAUUUGAUAUUGGUCUGAAAUUCUCCUUUGCCGUCUUCAAUCGCCACUUGCCGCGCCAACCCUCGUCUCGAAUCAAAAUAAGCUGAAAUGAAUGGAGAUAGACCAGAUUCUCAUUACACGGAGACGGGAUUCCCGUAUGCUGCUUCUUCUGCUAGUUACAUGGAGUUUUAUGGUGGUGGUUCGGCUCAGGAGCCCCUAAACUAUGCUCAUCCCGGAACAAUGCAUCAUCAUCCUCAGGACAGCCUGUACUGGUCCAUGAACACAACGAAUGCAUACAAGUUUGGAUAUUCAGGAUCAGAUAAUGCUUCUUCUUUCUAUGGUUCUUAUGACCUCAACGAUCAUUUAUCCAGAAUGUCUAUCGGGAGAACCAAUUGGGAGUACCUUCCAAUGGUGAAUGUUGAUGAGUCUCUUGUCCAAAUCGGGCACACGGAUGAUCACUCUGACACUGAAGAAUGCAUCGCAAUUGAACAUGAUCCCGAGAGUCCUCAGUUAUCCUGGCAAGACGACAUUGAUCCCGAUACAAUGACCUAUGAGGAAUUAAUAGAGCUUGGGGAAGCGGUAGGAUCAGAAAGCCGAGGGCUAUCUCAGGAACUCAUAGAAACGCUUCCCACCAGAAAAUAUAAGUUGGGGAGCUUCUUCUCCAGGAAAAGAGCAGGGGAAAGGUGUGUGAUAUGCCAACUCAAGUACAAGAUUGGGGAGAAGCAGAUGAAUCUUCCAUGCAAGCACGUGUAUCACUCCGAAUGCAUAUCUAAGUGGCUGAGCAUCAACAAGAUUUGCCCGGUCUGUAACAGCGAGGUCUUUGGGGAGCCCAGCAUCCAUUGAUUUUCUCCACUAAGUAAUUGUUUUAGUGUAGUCAGCAGAAAAAAUUAGUCUAAAAGAAGAUGUCACACACUACUAUACUACUCUCUCAUGUUCAGUCCUCUCUGUACAUGUAAUUUUUCAUUCUACUUCCAUUUUCGUUUAUGUGUUUUAACACUCGUACUGUAUACUGAAUGCUAGCUAAAUCCAUAUACGGUGAUGGUCCUAAUCCUUAAGUUUCUACUUCAGUUCUC